AUGAUGUUAUCUCGUCUGAUAAAGAGAUCACAUUUGUGGUCUCGGUCCUUGACUCAUAGCUCGACUCUUUUGAAUGAAAAAUUCUUGUCUCCUGAUGAAUACAUAAACAAGAAGCAUACUGAGGAUGUAAAAGAAGAAAUAUACAGAGACAAUCUUUUGGGCGAAGAAUUCAAAUACGAUCCCAAGUUUAUAAGCGAGAAUAAGGCAGAUCCUUCUCUGAAGAGACCAAUACCCAUAAAUGUUGAACUUUUGAAGUAUAAGCCUUUAAAACUUGCAAAGACCCAUGGACAUGAAGUUGCUAGAGUCAACUUCAGGGGGUACGACGUUGAAGAUAUCACAAGAGCUGCUGAAUUUGCUUGCAGGGCUGCAUUUUACAUAGGUAUUCCCACUUCCCUGGUCAUACCUAAAAAGACUGAGAAAAGAUUAUAUACUGUUAUCAAAUCACCUUUCGCUCAAGCUAAGUCGAAAGAGAAUUUCAUGAGGACGACAUUCCACAAACAGUUAAAUGCUUAUGAUGCAACUCCUGAAGUUGUCGACUUGUGGCUCUCAUUCGUCAAUAAGCAUGCAAUCGAAGGUGUUCAGUAUCUGGCUACGAUUACUACUAGAGAAUCACUAGACUUUAGCAGACAGUUAGAUGACAUGUCAAGCAAUGAAAUUAAAUUGUCUGAAUCCUAUCAAGGUACUGAUGAUCCGAUUACUGCGAAAGUUGAAGAAUUACUCAAGUCUGACACUUUCAAGAAAUAUCUCGAUGCUAAAGACUAA